AUGACUUCAGCUCCCGUUCUUCCCGCCGGCGCCGCCGGGAGUGGAAAUGCGAGGGAGCGAGCACGCCAGCUGGACCGGGAUGAUGAACUGGGGUUAUUGAGGGACGAGUUCAACAUCCCGACAAAGGGACAAAUCGCGAGCACCUCGUUACCCGAGGGUUCCUCAGCCAAUAACAAUGACAGCGACACAACAACCAAGUGCAUCUACCUCUGCGGCAACUCUUUGGGUCUCCAACCCAGACGCACACAAACCCGUCUCUCCCAGUACCUCUCCACCUGGGCCACCCAAGCCGUCCAAGGGCACUUUAAACCGCUGACCAACUCCCCCUUGCCAACAUGGCUCGACGUCGACGAGCGAGCAGCCGAGAUGAUCGCCCCCAUCGUGGGAGCUCACGUCUCCGAGGUGGCAAUCAUGCAGACUCUGACUGCGAAUCUCCAUCUUCUCAUGUCUGCGUUCUACAAGCCUGAUGCGAACAAGCGGCACAAGAUCAUCCUGGAGAGCAAGGCUUUUCCUAGCGAUCACUUUGCCGUGGAGACACAGCUUCGUCAUCAUGGGUUGGAUGCGAGCAAAUCAAUGGUUUUGCUCAAGUCGGAGAGGUCGAGGGAUAAUAUCUUGACUACGGAGGAGAUCUGUGGGGUUAUUGACCAGCAUAAAGAGGACGCGUUUUUGUUGUUGUUGCCGGGGAUUCAGUACUACACUGGGCAGCUGUUUGAUAUUGAGACUAUCACUACGUAUGCGAAGGAGAGGGGGAUUUUUGUCAUUUGGGAUCUGGCACAUGCGGUUGGGAAUGUGGAGUUGAGGCUUCAUGAGUGGGGGGUUGAUGCUGCGGCUUGGUGCUCGUACAAGUAUUUGAAUGGGGGGCCGGGGUGUAUUGGGGGGAUGUUUGUUCAUGAGAAUAAUAGUGCUGUGACGAAGCUUAUUACUGAUGAGAGGCCGGAGGAGGGGUAUAAUCACCGGUUGGCUGGGUGGUGGGGGAAUGAUAAGAAGAGUCGGUUUGGGAUGGAGAAUAGAUUCCACCCUGUCAAGGGGGCCGCGGGGUUCCAGUUGAGUAAUCCUAGUGUGUUGGAUAUUACUAGUUUGUGUGCGAGCUUGGAGGUUUUUGAGCAGGCGGGUGGGAUGGGGAAGUUGAGGGAGAAGAGUUUGAGGCUGACGAAGUUUUUGGAGGAGCAGUUAGAGGGGAUGGGGGAGGAGGAGAAGGGGUUGUUCAGGGUUAUUACGCCUUUGGAUCCGAAGCAGAGGGGGGCGCAGCUUAGCUUGGGGUUGGGGAGUGGGUUGCUUGAGGGGGUGAUGAAGGAACUGGAGAGGCAAGGGGUGAUUGUUGAUGAAAGGAGACCGGAUGUCAUUAGGGUUGCGCCAGCGCCGUUGUAUAAUGGGUUUGAGGAUGUGGUUGGAUUUGUUGAGGCUUUUGGGGAAGCCUUGAGAGUGGCCAGGAGAGAGAGGGAUGCGUUUUGA